AUGUCAAAAAAUCAAUAUCAAACCAAAACAACGCACACGCAGGCACUGGCAUUUUCCUCCUGUUUAAUGAAUAUUUUGGAAAAAGUUUAAAAUUCACUAAAUGGGCAAAACAAGUAAGGACAAACGUGAUGUCUACUACCGGUUGGCUAAGGAGGAAGGUUGGCGAGCAAGGAGCGCCUUUAAACUAAUCCAUAUCAAUGAGGUAUUCAAUAUUUUCGAAGGUGUAACCAGGGCAGUAGAUUUGUGUGCGGCACCGGGCAGCUGGAGCCAAGUCUUGUCUAAAAAGCUUUACGAGAACCGGGAUAAGGAAGCUGACGAUGUAAAAAUAAUUGCCGUAGAUUUGCAAGCUAUGGCUCCCCUGCCGGGUGUAACACAGCUUCAGGGAGAUAUCACUAAAACAAGCACAGCCAAUGCUAUUAUCGAGCAAUUUGGAAAUGGACAGAAAGCUCAGCUUGUAAUCUGUGACGGUGCACCGGAUGUAACAGGUUUGCACGAUAUUGAUGAAUACAUCCAGUCUCAACUACUGCUAGCCGCUCUUAAUAUAACCACGCACGUUCUCACACUCGGUGGCACUUUUGUAGCUAAAAUUUUCCGCGGAAAAGACACUACCUUACUGUAUUCGCAGUUGAGAAUCUUUUUCGAAAAAGUUUCCAUUGCCAAGCCAGCCAGCUCUCGAAAUUCCAGUAUUGAGGCGUUCGUCGUCUGUCAGAACUAUAAACCACCCGAAGGGUACAUCCCGCAGAUGAUAAAUCCAAUGCUGGACGAUGUGCAGAAAAUCGCUACCGAAACCGAGUCGGAAGUUAACCGCUCUAUUAUCCCAUUCAUCGUGUGCGGUGAUUUGCGUUGCUUUGAUUCCGACAUGUCUUACAGUUUGAAUCUGGAUCCUGAGAAAGACUACGAGUAUCGAGAUGUCGUACAAAAGCCUCUGGCUCCGGCUUACAGUGAAGUUCUAGAACGUAUGAAGACGACGUCACUCAAACACGGCAGCAUCAAGGUUGAAUAUGACAAAAAGAAGGAUUAGUUUGCUUUAGUGUCAGCGACUUAAAAGGAGUUUGAAACGUACGAUUGAUGGUAUGCAAACAAUCAGUCGAAUGGCUGCAAUGCUGAUGUAAAAUUAAGCAACUUAAUAAGUAGAUUAGUGGCAGUUAUCAAAAAGGGGGUUGGUUUAAUUUUUUAAGCUUAAUUUGACAAUACAUAAAUCAUGUAGAUGUAAUGCACUAAAUAAUGCACUUGGCAGCAGGUGCAGAACGUUGUGCAGUAGAACAUCAGCAAAUAGCCGCUAUCAAGAUUCCGUUACGACGAAAGGUACAACAGUCCUCUGACGAAAAUCAAAUAUUCGAGAAAAAUAUUGUCACGUAAAGCAAUUUUAUGCCACGCUGACCUUCGCUUAACUUACUUUAUAAAUGCAAAAAUCUCAAAGAGAAUCAAUGAUUUAUUCAAGGAAACUAUUUGAAUUUCAUACUGAAUAAAUAAACUGUUCAAACAUAA